UCCAGUUCUCCCUCAAGCUUAAGCAACCUCUAUCACCCAGCUCGAUCACUACAUCUCACUACACUCCGAUCCUAGAGAGAGAGAGAGAGAGAGAGAGAGAGAGAGAGAGAGAGAGAGCUCAUGGAGAGGCAGCCGCCGGCCGGAGGCGACGACGUCAACCUGGACCUGCGCCUCGUCCACCACCAGUCGGCGUCGGGCGGCAUGGGCAGGCAGCAGCAGCACCACCACCACCUACCGGCGCCGGUGGCCGCCGACCCCGACCGCACCUUCUCGUGCACCUACUGCCGACGCAAGUUCUUCAGCUCGCAGGCGCUGGGGGGCCACCAGAACGCGCACAAGCUGGAGCGCAGCCUCGCCAAGCGCAGCCGCGAGCUCUCCGGCGCAGUCGCGGUCGUCAGUGCGGCCAUCUCCUCCUCCUCCUCCUCGGCCGCGGCAGCGCCGCCCACGCCGCCGGCGGCGGCGGCGGCCUCCGACGAGCUCGGCCGCAGCUGGUACCCAGCGGCGCACGCGGCGGGACGAGGCCCAGGGGACCAGCAGGCAGCCGCGGCGGCCGUCGUGAGCUGGAUCGCCGACGGCGGCCGGCGGUACGCCUACCGCGUGCAAGCCGCCGCGGCGGCCGGCGAUGCCGCCGACGACAUCGAUCUGUCGCUCAGGCUGUAAGCUAGCUAAGCACUGUGCAUGCGUAUGUAUAUGUAUGUACGUACGCGUGUUGAAGUAAGCUGUGGGUCUUUCAUCAAAAAAAAAAA